AUGUCCUUCGACACCGUACCCGCCUUUGUCCACUACGCCGACUGGAACGACACCUCACGCAAGCACCCCGCGAUGGCGUGGAUGGAGGCCUACACCAACAAGUACGAUGAGGGUCUCGAAGUUAUGGCCGCCGAGCUCGACAAAUGGCACGACUCCGACUUCACGUACAUAACCUCCACCGGCAAGACUGUACACGGCAUCAACGAAGCCUUCACCGCCCUGCGCGAGACCUACGGGCCCCUGACCGCCUACCACCACGAGCCCUACUAUCUCAACAGCUACGCGGUCGGCACCAGCGGCGACUACGAGAUGAUUGGCCUGGCCAAAGUCUACGCCAACCUCCCUGGCGCCCCGUCCUCGGAGCAGGUGGUGGACCAGAAGGGCCGGAAGUGGGAGAUCGCGGCGCCGGGGGGGUUCAAGUUCUAUUAUCGGAAGUCAGGGGAUUCGUUCAAGUUGCGCAAGACCGAGAUCGUGAGUGACAGUGGGCCGAUUGUUACGGCGUUGCUGAAGAAGGGGGUGUUGAAGCCGGAGCAGUUGCUGACCUGA